CCGUCAACUGCACAGCGGAGAAUAGCCGUGCGGAAAGCACUCUUACCUGUCAUAUUUCAUCUCCUCACCUCCUUUCCUCUCUCCCUUACUCCUCCCUCAUAAUCUAAAUAUAUUCUAUUAAGAUGUCUGAGUUGCGAUUUGACGGCCAAACGGUCGUCGUCACUGGUGCUGGUGGUGGUUUGGGAAAGGCAUAUGCUCUUUUCUUCGCCUCGAGAGGAGCUAAUGUUGUUGUGAACGACUUGGGUGGUUCCCACUCUGGUGAGGGCAACUCAUCAAAGGCCGCAGACGUCGUGGUCUCCGAGAUUAUAGCCGCUGGAGGCAAGGCCGUUGCCAAUUACGACAGCGUCGAGAACGGUGAAGCCAUUAUCGACACCGCUAUUAAGAACUUUGGCCGUGUCGAUGUGCUCAUCAACAAUGCCGGUAUCCUCCGGGAUAUUAGCUUCAAGAACAUGAAGGACCAGGAUUGGGAUCUCAUUACCAAAGUUCACACCUAUGGCGCAUACAAGUGCGCAAGAGCUGCAUGGCCUCAUUUCCGGAAGCAAAAGUAUGGCCGUGUUGUUAACACUGCCUCCGCAGCCGGUCUGUUUGGUAGCUUCGGCCAAGCCAACUACUCUGCCGCCAAACUUGGUCAAGUUGGAUUUACCGAGACCCUCGCAAAGGAGGGCGCCAAGUACAACAUCCUCGCAAACGUCAUCGCACCCAUUGCUGCUAGUCGUAUGACGGCAACAGUUAUGCCCCCAGAUGUCCUCGAGAACCUUAAGCCCGACUGGGUUGUCCCCUUGGUGGCCAGAUUGGUCCACUCAUCGAACACUCAGGAGAGCGGUCAGAUCUUUGAGGUUGGUGGUGGCCACAUGGCCAAGCUGCGAUGGGAGCGUGCCAAGGGUGCUUUGUUGAAGACCGACGAUUCAUUGACUCCUGGUGCUAUCGCCAGAAAAUGGAACGACGUCAACGACUUCUCUCAACCCAGCUACCCUACAGGCCCUGCAGACUUCAUGACUCUCUUGGAGGAUGGCUUGAAGACCCCCAGUGCUCAGCCUGGACAAGAACCCGACUUCAAGGGCAAGGUUGCUCUGGUUACUGGUGGUGGUGCCGGCCUCGGACGCGCAUACUGUCUUCAGUUCGCUAAGCUCGGUGCUGCUGUGGUGGUCAACGACCUUGUUGACCCCGAACCCGUUGUCAAUGAAAUCAAGCAGUUGGGUGGAAAGGCUGUUGGCAACAAGGCCUCUUGCGAGGACGGCGAGGGUGUCGUCAAGUCUGCCAUUGAUGCCUUCGGCCGAAUUGACAUCUUGGUCAACAACGCUGGCAUUCUGCGUGACAAGGCCUUCACCAACAUGGAUGACAGCUUGUGGAACCCUGUCAUUAACGUUCACCUGCGUGGUACCUACAAGGUAACCAAGGCCGCCUGGCCUCACAUGCUCAAGCAGAAGUAUGGUCGUAUUGUCAACACCGCCAGCACCAGUGGUAUCUACGGUAACUUUGGCCAGGCCAACUACGCCGCAGCGAAACUCGGUAUCCUCGGUUUCUCCCGUACCCUUGCGCUCGAGGGUGCCAAGUACAACAUCAAGGUUAACACCAUCGCUCCUAAUGCCGGUACCAACAUGACUCGCUCCAUUAUGCCCGAGGAGAUGGUUCAGGCAUUCAAGCCCGACUAUGUUGCUCCAUUGGUGGUGCUUCUCUGCUCUGACCUGGUGCCUGAGCCAGGCACUAAGGGUCUGUACGAGUGCGGCAGUGGCUGGUUCUCAUGCACUCGCUGGCAGCGCUCCGGUGGUCACGGAUUCCCCGUGGAUGUUCAGCUGACCCCCGAGGAGGUUGUCAACAAAUGGCAGCAGAUUACCAACUUCGAAGAUGGUCGCGCAGACCACCCCGAGGAUGGUCAGGCCGGUGCCGAAAAGGUCAUGGCCAACAUGUCUAACCGCAGUGGUGGAGAAUCCGAGGGUGGCAAUGACAUUCUGCAAGCUAUUGAGAAGUCCAAGACCCUGACCACCGAGGGAACCAGCUUUGACUAUGUCGACCGCGACAUCAUUCUCUACAACCUCAGUUUGGGUGCCAGACGUACUGAUCUCCCUCUGGUGUACGAAAACAACGAUCAUUUCCAAGCCCUUCCUAGCUUCGGUGUGGUCCCCUGGUUCAACACCGCUGUUCCCUGGAACAUGGAUGAGAUCGUGGCCAACUUCUCUCCGAUGAUGCUGCUGCACGGCGAACAGUACAUGGAGAUCCGUAAAUUCCCCAUCCCGACCACCGCCAACACCCUGACUUACCCCAAGCUCAUUGACGUGGUGGACAAGGGCAAAUCGGCCCUUGUUAUUGCGGGCUUCACUACCAAGGAUGCUAGGACCGGCGAGGACCUCUUCUACAACGAAUCGACCGUGUUCAUCCGUGGUAGCGGUGGCUUCGGAGGAUCUCCCAAGCCCACUGCUAGUCGCCCCAAGGCUGCUGUUGCUGCUUACAAGCCCCCACAGCGCCAGCCUGACGCGAUCACCGAAGAGAAGACCUCUGAGGACCAGGCUGCGUUGUACCGUCUCAACGGUGACCGCAACCCUCUCCAUAUUGACCCCGAGUUCAGCAAGGUCGGUGGCUUCAAGACCCCCAUCUUGCACGGUCUCUGCUCCCUGGGUGUCGCUGCCAAGCACGUCUUUGCCAAGUUCGGCCACUACAAGAAUCUCAAGGUUCGCUUUGCCGGUGUUGUGCUGCCCGGUCAGACUCUGAAGACUGAGAUGUGGAAGGAGGGCAACACCGUCCUCUUCCAGGCCACUGUUGUGGAGACCGGCAAGCCCGCGAUCUCGGGUGCUGGCGCCGAGCUUUUGGAGGGUGCUAAGGCUAAGUUGUAAGAAUAAAAAACGGGAUGUGGCUCACGAUUGAGCAAUGUCAUUUUCAUGACUGCAGAAAUUUCUUUCCAGAAUGUGUAUAUAAAUAUCAUGAUUUCGUCUGUAUGCAAGCAAUUUCAUCAAUGUAUUUGAUUUGAUUCAUAAGUUUAUCCACAAAACCUAAGUCUAUCAAGCCAAACCUUACCCCAAGGUCUAUCUCGCUCGAUCGGAGGUCGGCCAGGAUGAUCGGCUGUCAGUGCAGCGGGAAGGGAAAUUAAAUGACAAGGAGCUAAUCAGACAUAACCGGCCAGCCCGGAC